UCUGGUUUCAGCCGGAGCCAAUGGCGAGGCUCGAAAUGGCGUCGACAGGUUGCAGAGGCAAACACAAACUGCGCUUUGACUUGGGGAGACGCUGUGAUUGAGUCGCGGCCGGUCCACGGGGAGGGGUGGGUAAUCAUCGUCAAUGUUUCGCUGAACCUCUUCUUCCUAGCUUUUGGAUUUCAGCAUCUGUGUGUAUUCUUAGCCCCUCCACCCACCCUUUGAAGCCCAUCUAACGCACUGUGGCCGAAGUCUCGGCGGAAAGUAUGAGCGUGAGCGGGCGUUGGGAGAAAGGUGGGGAGGCGGCGGGAGAGAGCGGAGGCCUCGGCGGGAGAGUCAGGACAUCUACUCAGCUCUCUGGGACAGCAGGAGAUCUUGUUGGGAGAUUUGGAAUUAGUGAUGGUGUUGGAACUGUAUCUCAACCAGAGAUGCAAGAACUACUUGGUGAAUUUCGAGCACUCUAUCAGGAACGAUUGCAUCAGUUAGAAGCUUUAAAUGAUGGAAGAGAAGAAACUCUUGGGUUGAAGGUCCAGAUUCUGCAGUCUUACAUCAAUGACUUAAGUGAACAGAAUGAUGCCCUGAUUCAGGCAAUGGAGGAGCUUGAGAAGGAAGCUAAUCGAAGAGUAACUUCUCUGGUAGAAGACCUGCAGACAUAUGUUGCUAAGGUAACUGAGUGCAAGGAAGAGAACAAUAUUCUACUUACAACAAAAGAAAAUCUGGAAAAACAAAUUGUUGAAGUGAAAAUUAAACUUGGGUCUUCUGAAGAUGCGCUAUUAAACUUACAAGAAGAGAACACAAACUUGAAGACAGAGAUUUACAAUCUGAGGGCUAAACCUGAAUACACCAGAGCAGACGAGCUCUCAUCGGUAACGCUGCGUGCGAUGCCAACUGAACACCUUUCGGGAUCCACGGCAACACUUCCACCUACAAAUUCCAAUGAAGAUUUAAUGGAAUAUGAAGAAGUCAAAUUCCACUUAGCAGCAAAAGAACAAGUGAUCCAAAACUUACAGACCCAGCUUCGAGAAGCUGUUUAUCUCCAACAACAGUCAAAAUAUGAGGUCAUUGAAAAGGAACAAAAAAUUCAAGAUUUACAAGACACCAUAACUGAACUGCAUAAUGAAAUGGCUGUAAAAGAUUCAGAAAAUCUAAAUCAGCUUCAGGAUAUACACCACCUGGAGAGCAAGGUCAUAGCCUUGAAACAAGAGGUAUGGCGAUCAGAGGAGGCUUUUACCCAACUGAAGAAAGACUUGGAAGAAGUUCGACUUGGUCCAAACAGCGGUUUAAAAGAUACAUAUCUUGGAUGUACUCACACAACACUUCAAGAGAACCAAACUCAAUCCUUCAGGGCCACAAGUCUACUGAAAACUGAGCUCGAGCGACGUGAUGGUACAAUACUGAAUCUCCGUAAAGAGGUCCUCCUUUUACAAGAGAAACGAGAUGGGUUAACAACUGAGUUGGAUGUACAGGAAAGAAGGAUUUACCAUCUGCAGGCAGAGCUGAGAGAAGGAGAAGCUAAGCUGGAACAAAAGCAGAGCUGCCUGCAACAGCUGAAAGAGGAGCUGGAUACCACCAAAAAGCUGCACAAAGAUGCCCAAGAACAGCACUUGUUAUUUGCUUUACCUGUGAUGUAA